AUGAAGGUCUGGAUCUUUGCUCUCCUCGCAGCUGGCGCCCUUGCGGUGCCCAUGGCCCAAGCUCCCCGCCCAACGGGCGCAAGGCCAACAAGACCAGCUGGUCCCAGGCCGACUGGAAGUACACUGCCCCAGAAUGAAGUCUGCCAGGUGGUGGCGCCCCUGGUGGUGGUGGCUUCUGGUGGUGGCUUUCCUGGAGGUGCUCCUGGAGGAGGCGCUCCUGGUGGAGGAUUCCCUGGGGGAGCCCCCGGCGGAGGUGCGCCAGGCGGUGGCUUUCCUGGAGGUAUGCCCGGCGGAGGUGCGCCCGGAGGUGGCUUUCCUGGAGGUGCUCCAGGUGGAGGUGCUCCCGGUGGUGGCUUUCCUGGAGGUAUGCCUGGUGGAGGAGCACCAGGCGGUGGCUUUCCCGGAGGUAUGCCUGGCGGAGGAGCACCAGGCGGUGGCUUUCCCGGAGGUGCACCGGGCGGAGGAGCACCAGGAGGUGGCUUUCCUGGAGGUAUGCCGGGCGGAGGUGCUCCAGGCGGCGGGUUCCGUUAG